CACGCAGCGACCCAUCAUGGACACUAAGCCGAGCAGUAAAGUAAGCGAUGGCAUCGAUGCUCCUUUGUGGAUGUUUUGGAAGCGACGACGCUACAUUGUGGUGUUUAUGGCAUUUCUUGGUUUCUUCAACGUCUACUCGCUGCGGGUAAACCUAAGUGUGGCGAUCGUUGCGAUGACUGAGAAUCGGACCGUACAUUACGACAACGGAACCGUCGGAUACGAGCAAUACUUUGAUUGGAGCUCUAGUCUGCAGGGUUACGUGCUGAGUUCGUUCUUCUACGGCUACAUCCUGACGCCGUUUCUGGGUGGAUUUAUCUCGAACCGAUUCGGCGGCAAUUAUGUGUUUGGUGUUGGUAUUGGAACGACCGCUGUCCUGACGCUAUUGACACCAUUAGCUGCGAAAGCUGGAGUAGCGGUCCUGCUGGCGGUUCGUAUUGUGGAAGGCAUUUUCGAGGGUGUAACGUUCCCCUGCAUCCAUGCCGUGUGGUCUCGUUGGGCACCGCCAACCGAACGAUCGCGCAUGGCUUCGAUCGCAUUUGCUGGAAAUUACGCUGGAACGGUUGUGGCGAUGCCAAUGAGUGGAAUUUUGGCCAAUGCUUGGGGUUGGGAGAGUGUGUUUUACGUGUUUGGUGUUAUUGGCUGUAUCUGGUUCCUUGCGUGGAUGUUCUUCGUCAAGACGUCGCCCGAGGUGGACAAGUGGAUUAGCCAGCGGGAGAAAGAGUUCAUACUGGAGUCGUUGGGCCGCACGGAGGGUGAUCAGGAGAAGGUGAAGCAUCCGUGGAAGGGUAUUCUGACUUCGGUGGCAGUUUGGUCGCUGGUUGUGUCACAUUUUUCGGAGAACUGGGGCUUCUACACACUACUCACACAGCUUCCCACGUUUUUGAAAGAUGCCAUGCAUUUCGAACUGGAGAAGACAGGAUUUGUGUCAGCCGUUCCGUACCUGGUGAUGGGUAUCCUUCUGUUCGUGGCGGGUUAUCUUGCCGACUGGUGCCAAGUGAAGGGAUACCUCACUACAACUCAGGUCCGUCGAUACUUCAACUGUGGCGCCUUCCUUGCUCAAACCGUGUUCAUGAUCAUCGGAGCGUUUAUCCUCGAGCCUGGACCAACCAUCACCUGUAUCACGAUCGCUGUCGGUUUGGGAGCGUUUGCAUGGUCCGGAUUUGCAGUAAACCAUCUGGAUCUUUCACCCAAGAGUGCUGGCGUGCUGAUGGGCAUCUCGAACACGUUUGCCACCAUCCCAGGCAUCGUGAGUCCCAUCAUCACCGGAUACAUCACCUCGAACAAGAGUGACAACGAAUGGAAAACUGUGUUCUACAUUGCGGCAGGCAUCUAUCUGGUCGGGUGCGUCAUUUACUGGUUCGGCGUAUCGGGUGAGUUACAGCCCUGGUCGAUUGAGGCACAGGAACGGCGGGAGCAGGAAAAGCAGGAAAAACAAUUAUCGAAACCUAUCGAAAGUCUUGCCUACACGAACAAAGUGAGCAUGGAGGAUGAGAUGUAA